AUGUUAAAAUCAAUUCUGUCCUUUGGUCGCACACCGGACUAUCUGUUUCCCAAAGUGGAUCCCGCGAAGGAUGGCCCUGACUGCCUCAAAGACUGUGCAGAUUGCACUAUUGAGUACCCUUCGAAAGUCAAGAUCGAAAAUUCAAGGCCGCUCUACGGCCAUAUUAAAGAAAUCCAAGCCCACGUUCUCAUAGCGACAGGCCGAUCUGAUUGGAAGGAGAAGGUCGGGCAUGAACAUGGAUCCCUAAUGGAGGCCUUUGACCAGUCUUCCGCAAAAUCCAAACUAGGCCGUCUGAUGGUCUCCGCCUCCAAUCUGACAACACCAGAUCAUUCCGGGGAGCAAGACCUCACCAAACCCACUACAGUGCUUAUCUUGCCAUCAUUCACCUUCGUGGAUUCCGUGUCCCAAGCAGACGUUCCUGACUUGGUCCAUCGAUUUAUCGACAAUCCUAGCGAUGAAAAAAACGGAUCCACUGCCAUUUCGGCAUCCGGCAUGACCGCCCGCCCAUGUGAACUAGACUACGUGAUCCUCCUAUGUUCGCACCGCCGGCGAGACGCGCGCUGUGGAAUCACAGCUCCACUUAUCAAGCGUGAACUUGAGCGCCACCUUCGUCCUCUUGGGUUGGACCGCGAUGCCGAUGACACGCGACCGGGUGGCGCGGGGAUCUUCUUUGUCUCCCAUGUUGGGGGCCACAAGUUCUCAGCUAAUGUGCUUAUUUACCGAAAAAAAGAUCAGCAGAUGAUUUGGCUGGCGCGGGUCCGCCCUGAGCAUUGCGAAGGGUUGGUGAAAUACACUCUGCUUCAGGGUAAGGUUGUUCAUCCUGAGUCGCAGCUGCGGGGUGGUUUUGAUCGUGCGCGGGGGUUGACAAGUUGGUGA